AUAGGUAUGGUAAGAAAGGACUGGGCAUCCCAGAAUAGCAUUGCCCUAUCAUGGCAAGCCCCUGCUUUUUCCAAUGGAGCCAUACUGGACUACGAGAUCAAGUACUAUGAGAAAGAGCAUGAGCAACUCACCUAUUCCUCCACGAGGUCCAAGGCUCCCAGUGUCAUCAUCACAGGUCUCAAGCCAGCCACCAAGUACAUUUUUCAUAUCCGAGUGAGGACUGCAACAGGAUACAGUGGCUACAGUCAGAAGUUUGAAUUUGAAACAGGAGAUGAAACUUCUGACAUGGCGGAGCAGGGGCAGAUUCUUGUGAUUGCCACCGCGGCAGUGGGAGGAUUCACUCUUCUCGUCAUUCUUACUCUCUUCUUGUUAAUCACUGGCAGGUGUCAAUGGUACAUAAAGGCCAAAAUGAAGUCAGAAGAGAAGAGAAGAAAGGACUUACAGAAUGGACAUUUACGCUUUCCAGGAAUUAAAACUUAUAUAGAUCCAGAUACAUAUGAAGACCCAUCCCUAGCAAUCCAUGAAUUUGCAAAGGAGAUUGAUCCGUCAAGAAUACGCAUUGAGAGAGUCAUUGGGGCAGGGGAAUUUGGAGAAGUCUGUAGUGGACGUUUGAAAACACCAGGGAAAAGAGAGAUCCCAGUUGCCAUCAAAACUUUGAAAGGUGGCCACAUGGAUCGGCAAAGAAGAGAUUUCUUAAGAGAAGCAAGUAUCAUGGGUCAGUUUGACCACCCAAACAUCAUUCGCUUAGAAGGUGUUGUUACAAAAAGAUCCUUCCCGGCCAUUGGGGUGGAAACGUUCUGCCCCAGCUUCCUGAGGGCAGGGUUUUUAAAUAGCCUCCAGGCCCCGCAUCCAGCGCCAGGGGGAGGAUCUUUGCCCCCCAGGAUUCCUGCUGGUAGACCAGUAAUGAUUGUGGUGGAAUAUAUGGAGAAUGGAUCCCUAGACUCCUUUUUGCGGAAACAUGAUGGUCACUUCACAGUCAUCCAGUUGGUUGGUAUGCUCCGAGGCAUUGCAUCAGGAAUGAAGUAUCUUUCUGACAUGGGUUAUGUUCACCGAGACCUAGCAGCUAGGAAUAUAUUGGUCAACAGCAACCUAGUGUGCAAAGUUUCUGAUUUCGGUCUCUCCCGAGUGCUGGAAGAUGAUCCAGAAGCUGCUUAUACAACAACUGGUGGGAAAAUUCCCAUAAGGUGGACAGCCCCAGAAGCUAUCGCCUACAGAAAGUUCUCCUCGGCAAGUGAUGCAUGGAGCUAUGGCAUUGUCAUGUGGGAAGUCAUGUCCUAUGGAGAGAGACCUUACUGGGAAAUGUCUAACCAAGAUGUCAUCCUGUCCAUUGAAGAAGGUUACAGACUCCCGGCUCCCAUGGGCUGUCCGGCAUCUCUACACCAGCUGAUGCUCCACUGCUGGCAGAAGGAGAGAAAUCACAGACCAAAAUUUACUGACAUUGUCAGCUUCCUUGACAAACUGAUCCGCAAUCCCAGUGCCCUCCACACCCUGGUAGAGGACAUCCUUGUGGUGAAUGGACUCCACAGCCAGUGCCCGCCGGCGGAGCUCUCUGACUGUUCUAUGACUGUAGAACCGGGCAGAAUGCCAGACUCCCCUGGUGAAGUUCCUGAAUAUCCUUUGUUUGUGACAGUCGGUGACUGGCUGGAUUCUAUAAAGAUGGGGCAAUAUAAGAAUAACUUCAUGGCAGCGGGGUUUACAACUUUUGACCUGAUUUCAAGAAUGAGCAUUGAUGAUAUUAGAAGAAUUGGCGUCAUACUCAUUGGACACCAGAGACGAAUAGUCAGCAGUAUACAGACUUUACGUUUACACAUGAUGCACAUAGAGGAGAAGGGGUUUCAUGUGUAAAAGUACUACAAGCACCUCUGUUUUGUGCCUCGGUAUUUCUAAAAUGAAAGAUAUCCUCUCUACUACCCUCUCUUCUGAUUCUCCAAACACCACCUCACAAACUGCAGUCUCCUCUUCAGGCUACAGGCACACAUACCUUUUGUUUAUACUUCCAACCUGGAUUUAAAAAUCACUCUUCAUAGCUCCGCUCCGAAUAACCUGCAAAUAAAACCCUGGCGCACUGCAGAUUAUCACUACACGUGGUAAAUAACUCAGCAUGGAUGUGUAACUUUGUAUAACUGCAUUUCAGAAGUGUUCAAGGACUUAAUCCAAAGGAAUUUGGGGUUAAAGAUGUAUUUAGAGUUUGAUGGUAGAUGAAAAAGAAAUAGUUGACCUUUCUUUCAUGUUUUGUGAUCAAGUAUUUUCCAAACUUACAUGAAUAUUUAUUUUUUAGAUAAUUAUAUUCAACUCUGUGGGUCAUAUUGUUACUUUAUUCUACAAUUCUUUACCUGUCGAUGCCUGAUAUUGUUAGAAUUGUUUGCAGAAAAGAUCAAUGAUUUCAUGUAGUGAAUUCUUUUCAAGUGUGACUAUGGUGAGAAGGGAGUUAUCCAGGGGGAGAGAGGGAGAAACAUACUGUGCUUCUAAAACUUCUAAGUCUUGGUUUGUCUCUUUUUUUAAAUUAUUAACUUGAUACUGUCUUUCAUAUGUCAUAGUAGGUGGUAGUUUAGAGGCUUUCCCAUCGAAUUUUUUUUUUACUAUCAAUAUGUUUCUCUACUGCAUUAUAAAGAUCACGCCUGGAAAGACCAAGAGUGAGUCCAUUGCUCUAGAGGCUUUAAAUAGAAAGAUGCAUGGAAUAAAUCCAUGACUGUUCCCUUGGUUUAUCUUCAUAAAUUUGCAAGAGUAAUUAUCAAAGCAUUGAGAAAAUUAAUUAUUCUCAGCAGAAUUGCUUUGAAUAAAAGAUCUAAGAGUAUAGUCUUAGAUAAAAUGUAAAAAGAUUUAAUUUAAACAGAAUUUUAUGAUAGUUAUAUGGUGGCCUAAGAAAAUAAACACAUAGAGCUAGUCUAAUACUGGUACAUUUUGCAAGGUUAAGAAUUUUUGUUUUGUUCAUGAAAAUAAGUUACAUGAACAUGCUGAGCUAUUUUCCAAACCUUCCAAGGUACAAGUAUGUCAUUGCAUACACCAAAGAAGGUAUAAAAAGAGCAUAAAUAAAUUGUGUGCAACCUGAAUCCUUGCUACAGUAACAUAAAAAUAUAAAUACAGCUAAGGUGUGUUGUUGCCAUAAUCUUCUGGAGGCUGCAACAGGCAAAUAUACUUUUCAUUGAACUAAGUUGAGUCAGCUUAUCAAAACAGUACUGUAUUAUGAACAAAUUCAAUGAUAAAAUCAGAUGUUCCCUGUGAAACUAAAAAAAAAAAAAAAAAGACUACUGUGCUAGGUGGAAGAGUAGCGAGAAUGUAUUAAGAGGGGAAGAAAAAAGAGCAAGUUGUCUAAGGAUACUGGUUUAAUAUAAAAAUUAGGUUUUAUUUGAUCUUGGAACUAAAGGUACCCUACCCACAUUCUCAAAUUCCUACCUAAAUUAUAUUUUUUUGGUGAUAAUAGUUUUCUUGCCAUAAAGGAGUCCCUGUUUUUCCUUAUUUUAAGAUUUGUGGAUUGUCCCAUUAGACUAGGCCCUUCCAUAUACUUCUUUUGCUGAUUUGUCUUCUGAUUUUUGUCAACCACAGCUAAAUUUUUCUCAUUUAAAAAAAAAAGAGAGAGAUAGAAGGAAGAGUCUUUAAAGUAUCCAUUAUAGUACACUGAAAAAGAACAAAGUGGGAAAUCCAUCACUUUUUAAGUCUGUCAGAAAUAGCUAGCAACAUUUUUCUAGCGGUCACCUGCACAAUCAUGCCUCACUUGCAGGCUGUCUGUGGUUUGCUUGAUACAUUGACACAGAUCUGGAUACAUUUAGAGAAAAUGUAAAAUUUCCAUAUUUACCUAUCUUCAAAUAUAUAUUAAAUAAGAACAGAUGUAAAACAGAUAAAAUUUAUUAAUCAUAUAUAUUUAUUUUUAUAAUGCAACAAAAACAUAUUUAGAAAGAUAAGGAAUAGAAUAAUUAUGGUCUUCCAUAGGACACUGUCAGCAACAUCUGUAUACUUUGAUUAAAUAAAUUCUAUAAAGUAUUGAAACGUCUAUGGGGUGGGCAUUCAGUUCUUGCAAGAUUAAAGAUCUCUGUUAAGAAUUGUUUUUCUUUAAAACUCCAAUGAUUCUAUUCUAUAUCUGGUUAAUUUAUACAUUUUUCCCUUCCUAAACAUCUUUCUGUGGUAUUAUAAAACUGCCUUUUCACUUCUCUCUAACCCCAAAUCCUCUUUAAAAUUUAUGUUACAUUUAUAUUUUUUAGAAGUGUAAGCAUGGUGAUCUUUAGUAUAAAUUUGAACCUCAUCAUGGUCAGAGCAAGAUGUUCAAGAUUAAACAGAAACAUUAAAAAAUAAAUAUAUCUGUUUCUCUAUUGCCUACCAAUCACAGAUUUGAAAAUUUUACCUGAAAUAUUUUGAUAUUUACUAGUGUACAUAUUCAUUAAUUAAAGCUGUUUAAUAUUCAUAAGCAUAGAAUUUAAUAAUAGAAAAUGAGUAACUCCCAUAAGUCACAGCCUUCAGAAAUAAUCUUUAAUAACUAAAAUAUGCAUAUAUAUUCAUAUACCUGCUUUAUAUUAAACUUCCUAGUCUAUGUUACUGAGGGGCUUUUUAGAUUUUGAAGAUUAGUUGAGGAACUAUUAUUAUUUUAUUGUCUAUGUGGUCAGUUUCCAGUCUAUAGUCCACUCAUUAUCUCAUAGGAUAAGACAUAAUUGAGAAAAAAUGUAAAAACAAUGCAGAGAUUUAGUAUAUAAAUCAUUACACUAAAAAAGCCAUCAGAAGUUGCAAAGCUCUUGGCUUAACAUGAAUCAAGAAUUAUAGCACUUUUGUGCUGAAUUAUGACUGUUGAUAAAUAUUAUGAAUGUCAUAAUAAAAAAAAGAUUUAUCUUCUUUCACCCUGAAUUACUCUUAAAAUCUAUCCAGCUAACACCUGAACAGCUUUAAGGCCCAUCUCAGCCCAUGAAUGAAAAACAAAUCCAAAUUCAAUCCUUGAAAAGCAGUCUUUACAGAAGGUCUUCUGUAAUAGGUCUUCUGACGUGAUAAAGAAUGAAUUGCAUUACCUAUCUCCCAACCACAAUUUUCUUAAAAAUCCAUUUUUAUAUCUUUCCUAGCAAAUUUCUACUCUGUAAAGAAGUAAGUUAAAUCUGUUACUUCAAAAUGUUCAUCAAUAGUAGGUCUUAUUUUUCUAUUCCUUUUUUAAACAUUCUUCCCCACCCCCUUGAUUCUUUUCUCUUUAUUCUUCCAUCCCAUCUUUUUUCUUUUCUCAGCUUCUGCCGCUCCACCCCAUAUCCCUAUCAACAAAAGAAACGUAACACAGCAAAUCCAAAAAUAUCUUACCGAUCUCCCUAGAAGAGGCUGAAGGUGGAGGAAAAACAGGAAUGUUGCAAAAGUCAUACUUUAAUAUUUUGGGUCCUGUUGCAUAGAUAGGAGCAUUUGCACAUACAGAGUGUAUGAGUUCUGGCUUUUGAUUAACUGAAAAUUAAGUGCUUUGGAAAGUUAUUUCAAAACAGAUGAAGAUGAUCCUUUUCUACUGCUUUAGCUAAGGAAAUGAAUUAUUAAUUUAAAAGAAAAUAUUUUAAGAAUUAGAAACUGUUAUCAAGUCACAGUUGGUAUACAUGUUUAUAUAAGAAAGCUAUUAGAAGCAGGUGUAAUCACUUCUUUUAGUAUCAUCACUUCAACUUUUCCAAGCUCAAAUUCUGUUAAGUAGAAAAGACUCAUUCGCAUUCAAUCUGAAAAUAUUUUAAUUCUUUUUGUAUGAAGACUCCAAAGGUAGAUUGAUGGUAUUCUUCCAUUAGAACACAGGGCACUGAAGUCAUCCAACUUUUUGUUUUUAUGGUCAGCAUUUUCAAAAGAUUUUUCACUUUUUAUAAUAAUUUUCAAUAAAGGCAGUGUAAACUGUAUUUCAGUUUAACAAAUAUCUACAAGGUGUCUCUUACAUGCAUAAAAUUUAAUGGCAAAGAUGAGUUUGACUGUACUGUCCUUAUUUCUAAGUAUCUCUUAAGCUUAAAACUUAGAGCCUAUCUGCCGUGUUUGCUAUAAUUUCCAUGUCACUUAGUUCUUUCCAUAGAACAAAAAUACAUUAAAUAAAUAAAACCUUGUUUAUUUGCAAUCAGAUUUGCAGUCCCUAUGAAAGGAGAUAUUUUGGACCUCAAAGUUUUUCGUAGAUGCCUCCACACUUCCUCUGACAGAAGGGAGCACACUUGUUUGAUUCUCUAAGACAGUCUCUCUUGUCACCUACCAGUUGACCCUCCUCAGAGGUCACAUACUGCCACUGUCCGUGGGCAGACUGCUCAGUUCAUGUGUAGACUCACUACCUCAAAGCUACCUCCAGUUAGAAAACAUCAACCAUUUUUUAAAACCAAUGCUGGGGUGCUCUCCUGCGCAACCCAAUUCACUGGCCCUAGGAAACGUAACAAUGAGUAUAUGACUGCAAUGGUUGCAUAAAAUUCUUUCCAACAUGAUAUAUUUAACAAAGGGCUUCCCUAGUGGUUCAGCUGGUAAAGAAUCUGCCUGCAAUGCGG